AGCUGUUUUCUCUCUCUAGCAGUAUAAAAUAAAAAGAGAAAAAUUUUAAUCAAAACAAAUUAAUUCGGGGUGCAGGGAAGAGCAGGGAUUAGAUUGGAAAAUGGCGAGUGUUGUGUUUUAAUAAAUAAAAGUGAAAAAAUGAAUAAAUUUAUUAAUAAAUAUAAAAGAAAUUCGUACUUGCAUUGGUUUUAAAUAUUUUCGACAUUCUACAGUACCUGCCAGUGAACAAGAUAAAAAAUGUCAAGUCCAUCUUCUCAAAGUAGUCCUAUGCCUCCUCCGAUGGGUACACCUUUACAUAUUUCAUCUUCUCAACCACCACAUAAUUCUUAUCAACCAUCUAUGAUACAUAUAAGCAAUUCUAAUGGAAUUUCCCCAUUACCUAUGCCUCCGACUUCAACCCAUUCGUUACCACCCCAUAUGUCGCCUCACGGUAAUCAUCCAAUCAACUUGGGACCUCCUCCACACCUACCACAUGGACUAUCUGGUGGUCCUCAACAUGGACCACCCGGAGUGCCUCAACACGGACCACCCGGGGUACCUCAGCAUGGACCACCUGGAGGAGUUCAUCAUGGACCACCUGGAGGUUCUCAACAAGGACCAUGUGGAGGACCUCAACAUGGAUCACCUUCAGGGACUCAGCACGGACCACCUGGGGGUCCUCAGCAUGGACCACCUGGGGGUCCUCAUCACGGACCACCUGGGGUACCUCAGCAUGGACCACACGGGAUACCUCAGCACGGUCCACAUGGAGGUUCUCAGCACGGUCCACCUGUAGGUCCUCAGCACGGCCCACCUGGAGGUCCUCAGCACGGUCCACCUGCAGGUCCUCAGCAUGGACCUCCUGGAGGUAUCCAGCAUGGACCACCUGCAGGUCCUCAGCAUGGACCUCCCGGAGGUAUCCAGCAUGGACCACCAGGAGGGACUCAUCAUGUGCCGUGUGGUGGACCUCAACAUGGGCCCCCUGGAGGGUUUCAAUAUGGACCACAUGGAGGGCCUCAACAUGGAUCACAUGGGGGCCCUCAACAUGGAUCGUUUGGACUAGCCUCGCACGGUUCUUCAGUAGGAUCGCCACAUGGACCUAUUCAUGGCCCAUCUUCAUCCCACGCGCCUUCUGGUUCCCAUCCACCAGCAGGAAUGGUACACGGUCCUCCUGUUAUUCCUCAUCAUAUUGGUCCGUCUCCAACAUCACAUGGGGGGCCGCUUAUGCAUACAAAUACACAAAAUACUCACAGUGCUCAAGCUCAUGAUCUGUCAACAGUCAAUUCUUCGCAAGGUGGGAAUUUGUCACAACAAAACUAUUCUGGUGCUACCUCUCAGUCUGGUUCUAUUGGACACCCACAACAGCGGCAGAAUUUAGCUGCAUCUCCUGGUCCUCUUCCUCCAUCCACAUCAAAUUCUGGAUCCCCCCAAGGUCCGUCUUCUUCUCCUUUACAAGGUCAAGAAAAUUUAAAUGCUUUACAAAGGGCCAUAGACAGUAUGGAGGAAAAAGGAAUGCAGGAAGAUCCUAGAUAUUCACAAUUGUUAGCGUUGAGAGCUAGAAGUAAUGGAUCGAAUAAUGUUUUAACACAAACGCAAAUGUCACAAUUAAGAAACCAAAUAAUGGCUUAUCGUUAUAUAGCGAGAAAUCAACCAGUACCGUCUCAAAUAAAUUUAGCGUUGCAAGGAAAACGUCCCGAAGGUUCUCCACAAUGUUCGACACCGCCUCCUAAUUCGCCAUUAAUUCAAGGAAACUCAGGAAAUCAUCAGACCAGUUCACAUCCACAUGAACCUGUAGAAACUCCAACUUCUGGUAGGGUAUCAUCUCCAGCUCCACCAGAACCGCCGAUGCGACCACCUGUAACACCAACUUCUCAACAGGCUAUAAUGCAGAACCAUCCGGUACAAACUCAUCUGGUACCUGCCCCUAUGGAGUCACCUCAAGCUCCUCCCCAAUCUUAUAAACAGCCUCAUAAUCCUCCGUUCCACGCGCCACCUCCACAAAUGGUCAACAGCGGUUCCAGAUCUGUGCAGAUACAUCAACCUCAACCGAAUCAUCAUAAUCAUCAAAACGUUAAACAUAAUAGGAUCAGUUCUUUACUCAAACCAUGUGGAGUUGAUCCGCUGGUUCUUCUUCAAGAAAGAGAAAACAGAGUGGCAGCUAGAAUAGCAUCGCGUAUGGAACAACUAUCCAAUUUACCGACAAACUUAUCAGAUGAGGUCCGGUUGCAAGUUCAGAUCGAAUUAAGAGCCCUUAGAUGUUUGAAUUUUCAAAGACAACUCCGAAGUGAGAUAAUAGCGUGUACUAGAAGGGAUACCUCACUCGAAACGGUAAUUAACGUCAAACAAUACAAAAGAACCAAACGACAAGGUUUGAAAGAAGCUAGAGCAACGGAAAAGCUGGAAAAACAACAAAAAAUUGAAGCCGAAAGAAAAAAGAAACAAAAACAUCAAGAAUUUCUUAAUUCGGUGUCACAACACGCGAAAGAUUUUAAAGAAUUUCACAGAAACGUACAGGGAAAGUUAUCGAGAUUGAAUAGAGGUAUAAUGAGUUAUCAUGCGAAUGCAGAAAGGGAGCAGAAAAAAGAGCAAGAGAGGAUAGAAAAAGAACGUAUGAGAAGGUUGAUGGCAGAAGAUGAAGAAGGUUAUAGAAAAUUGAUUGAUCAAAAGAAAGACAAACGUUUGGCAUUCUUACUGUCUCAGACGGAUGAAUACAUAAGUAAUUUAACUGAAAUGGUGAAACAGCACAAAUUGGAACAACAACGCAAACAAAUGGAAGAAGAAAAGAAAAGAAAAGUCCAAGACAAACUCAAAAAAAAGAGAAGAAAAUUAGGAUUGGAUGGUACUAUAAAGCAAGAUGACGAGGAUGGGUCGCAAGAAUUGGACAGACCAAUUACCGUAAUCGAAAUAACAACAGGAAAAAAACUUUCAGGAGAAGAAGCCCCGAUGCUCAGCCAAUUACAAGAAUGGUUAAUUCAAAAUCCCGGUUGGGAAAUUGUAGACACCGAUGACGAAGAUGAAGAAACCGAUUCCGAUGCAUCCGAUGAAGAUGAUAAUAGACCGAAAUCGGAGGAGGAUAAAACGAAAGAGGUAAUCAAUAAAGCCAAAGUGGAAGAUGACGAAUAUCAUAAAAAUUCGAAAGAAGAACAGACCUAUUAUAGUAUUGCGCAUACCGUACACGAAAUAGUAACAGAACAACCAACCAUUAUGAUCAACGGACGUCUAAAAGAGUACCAGAUAAAAGGAUUGGAAUGGUUAGUGUCUUUAUUUAACAAUAAUCUUAACGGUAUUUUAGCCGACGAGAUGGGAUUGGGAAAAACUAUACAGACCAUAGCUUUGAUUACUCAUCUUAUGGAAAAAAAGAAAAUCAACGGACCAUAUCUUAUAAUUGUACCGUUGUCUACUUUGUCGAAUUGGGUUUUGGAAUUCGAAAAAUGGUCGCCGUCAGUCGUAGUUGUUUCGUAUAAAGGUUCGCCGUGUGUCAGAAGACAGAUUCAGAGCCAAAUGAGAUCGACAAAAUUUAAUGUUUUACUAACUACUUACGAAUACGUUAUAAAAGAUAAAGGAGUAUUAGCUAAGUUGCCGUUUAAAUAUAUGAUCAUAGAUGAAGGUCAUCGUAUGAAAAAUCAUCAUUGUAAAUUGACGCAAGUAUUAAACACUCAUUAUUUAGCUCCACAUCGUCUCUUAUUAACUGGUACUCCACUACAAAAUAAAUUGCCAGAAUUAUGGGCUUUACUUAAUUUUUUAUUGCCUUCUAUAUUCAAGAGUUGUUCAACAUUCGAACAAUGGUUCAACGCUCCUUUUGCUACUACAGGAGAAAAGGUUGAGUUGAACGAGGAAGAAACUAUUCUGAUCAUUCGACGUCUUCACAAAGUUCUUAGACCGUUUCUAUUGAGACGAUUAAAAAGAGAAGUCGAGUCACAACUUCCCGAUAAAGUAGAAUACAUAAUAAAAUGUGACAUGUCCGGUCUACAAAAAGUUUUAUACAAGCAUAUGCAAAGUAAAGGGGUUCUGCUGACCGAUGGUUCCGAAAAAGGUAAUAAAGGUAAGGGGGGAGCGAAAGCCUUAAUGAAUACGAUUGUUCAAUUGAGAAAGUUAUGCAACCAUCCUUUCAUGUUUCAAAAUAUCGAAGAAAAAUAUUGCGAUCAUGUUGGAAUCGCGGGAGGGGUCAUAUCGGGACCGGAUAUUUAUCGAGCUUCCGGUAAAUUCGAACUUUUAGAUCGUAUAUUACCGAAAUUAAAAGCUACGAAUCACCGAGUACUAUUAUUUUGUCAAAUGACUCAAUUAAUGACGAUAAUGGAAGAUUAUUUAAGUUGGCGCGGUUUUGGUUAUCUUCGUUUAGAUGGUACGACCAAAGCCGAAGAUCGUGGUGAUUUGUUGAAUAAAUUCAACGACAAAGCUAGCGAUUAUUUCAUUUUUCUUUUAUCUACGAGAGCAGGAGGAUUAGGACUCAAUUUACAAACAGCCGAUACCGUCGUUAUAUUCGAUUCCGAUUGGAACCCUCAUCAGGAUCUACAAGCUCAAGAUAGAGCUCAUAGAAUCGGACAACAGAACGAAGUAAGAGUACUUAGAUUAAUGACGGUUAAUUCGGUCGAAGAACGUAUAUUGGCGGCUGCUAGAUAUAAACUUAACAUGGACGAAAAGGUCAUUCAAGCCGGUAUGUUCGAUCAAAAAUCAACCGGAACUGAAAGACAACAGUUUUUACAACAUAUCUUACAUCAAGACGGAGACGAUGAAGAAGAAGAAAAUGAAGUUCCCGAUGACGAGACCGUUAAUCAAAUGGUAGCGAGAUCCGAAGCGGAAUUCGAACUUUUUCAAAAAAUGGACGUGGAAAGGCGAAGGGAAGAGGCUAAAUUAGGACCCGCUAGAAAAUCUAGAAUGUUGGAAAUUAGCGAAUUACCAGAUUGGUUAGUUAAAGAAGACGACGAGGUCGAUCGCUGGCACUACGAUGACCAAGACAGAAUUUUGGGUAGAGGCACGAGACAACGAAAGGAAGUUGAUUAUACCGAUAGUAUAACAGAAAAAGAUUGGUUAAAGGCUGAAGAUACUGGCGAAUAUGAGGAAGAAGAAGAGGAGGAAGAGAAAAUUAGGAAAAAGAAGAAUCGCAAAAAGAGAAGACGGGGCGAAGAUUCUGAUAGCGAAGUAGGAAGCGUCAUCAAAAGAAAAAAUAAAAAUCAAAUUUACGAUACGAGGCUUAAAAGACAAUUGAGAAAAUUAAUGACUAUCGUCACAAGAUAUACGGAUAGUGAUGGUCGAUUAUUGAGUGAACCGUUUAUAAAACUACCCCCUAAAAAAGAUUAUCCCGAUUAUUAUGAGAUUAUUAAGAAACCCAUCGAUAUAAACAAAAUUUUAGAUAGGAUUUCUGACGGAAAGUAUCUGGAUUUCGCAGAUCUAGAACGAGAUUUCAUGCUACUUUGUCAGAACGCUCAGAUAUACAACGAAGAAGCAUCUUUAAUUCACGAAGAUAGUAUAGUACUUCAAUCGGUAUUCGCUAAUGCGAAACAUCGUAUCGAAAACGAAUGCGUCGAAUCGGAACCGGACGAUGAAAAAGACGAAGUUAAAUCGGAUACCGAUUCUUUAAUAAAAAUGAAGAUAAAGCUCAAGAGUAAAAAGCUCAUUAGCAGUAGUAGUAUUGGUAAUAGACGGAAGAGAAGUCCGAAGAAAUACCUUUCUGAGGAUGAUGAUGAUGAUGAUGAUGAAGAAGAAGACGAUUAGAUUUUUUCAAUUAUCUUGUUUUUUUUUUUUCGAGGUUUUUAGGUAAAUGACUUGAUAUACUUUAGAUCGGUAUUUGUUAAUUAACCACCAACUUUUUUGUUACUAUUAAUAUAGUUUAAAGUAAUUUUGGUUUUAAAAAUGAAUAUAUAUAUAUAUAUAUAUAUAUAUAUAUAUAUAUAUAUAUAUAUGCACUCUAUUAAUUAUAUGUAAAAAUGUUGGUUGUGCUCUGAAUGUGAUAAAUUUUUAUUUGAAAUAUUUCGCUAUUUGUUUUUAUAUCGCGGGUUUGUCUAUAUAUCAAGUAGGGAUGAAUCGAUUCUCGAUACCACCGAUUUUUGGUAUCGAGAAUCGAUCGCAAAAAAUCGAUACCGAUACCAGUAAAUGGACGGAACAAUUAUUGUUUAAUCCAGUUUAUAUUGUUAUCAAAAUGAAAUUAUAUUUUGAAAAAUCAUUUGUCUUUUGUUUAAACAACACACUGCCUCGGAACAUUUAUUGCGCCGACAAAGUAGUCCCAUAUCUUCUUUGAUAUAUAAGGUGUAGAGUGUAGAAAAAUCCCUCUUUUAAAAUAACAUGGGUAAUUAUUUUGAUUUUUGAUACAAUUACAUAGAAACCAAAGAGCUUAACGUAGACCAUGUAUUUCCCUCUGUUGGUCCGAUUUAAUUUCAGAAUAAAUGUUUAUUAAACCAUUGUUUAUUUUUUAUUUGCGAAAUUGCCUCAUUCGUCCCUGUAUAGGCAUAGAUAUUUUAAAAUUGGUUUGUAGGUUGUUCAAACAAAUUCUGAAUAUGUUUUUAGUAAGAGAAUUUUUUUCCAUCGAUGGUAUCGGUAUCGAAAAUCGAAAAAUUUUUGAUAUCGACACAUCUCUAAUAUCAAGGUAUAUCAAGAUAUUAUAAGCGUUAAAAAGAAAAUGAAUAAACUAACUUUUUAUCGGCUCAAAGCUUACGUGUAUUGUUAUAUAUGGAAAUGAAAUUCCAUUAUUUUUUGCCAUUGUAGUUGAGAUUAAUUAAAUUUAGUAGGUUUAGGAGAUUUCAAAUGUUGUACAUAGGUAUACAAUCUAUCUGUCCACAUAAAAUGUAUUCGAAUCCUACUAUUUUUUAACCAUUCGCUUUAUAUAUUCAACGCGAGACCUUUAAAAUAACAAUUAAACACAAUUGUGUGCAUUAUGUUUCUCAAAUUUUUAAAUAUUAUUUAUUUCUUCAUAAUCAUUUCUUAUUAUCUUUUAGAACGAUUCCUAUAAUGAAAGUUCUUGUAUCUCAAAAACGUUUACAUUUUUUUUUUCAACUUGUACUCUACACCAAUUUUAAUUGAAUUGAAAAUUGCUAUUUUUAGUAUGAUUUUAAAAAUUGUGGACUUUUUACGGUGAAAGUAGUUCUCAAUUUCAAAUUUUGAUUCAAAUCAAGUUUCUAAUUACAAAUGUAGACUAAAAAUAUUUUUGCAAUAAUUUAAUCAGCAGUAUUAUUAGGUCUAACUAAACGAAUAAUUACAACGAUUAAAUUGUUUUUUUUUUAUAUAUAAAUGUUGGUUAAAUCUAAUGGUAUGUCUAUGUACAAAUUAUUCUUACAAUUAUAUAUCAAAAAUAUGAUUGUGUCUCAUACGUCCAUACGGUUUUCGAAAAAAUCAUGCGAGCAUAUUUUGGAAAUAUAGUUUUUGGUAUUAUAAUUGUAAAUAAUUCGAUUGCUUUAUGAGUCACGUCACAAAAAUGAAAGUUUUAGAGUUUUAUUGUUAUGAAAAAAUGAAAACGAACGCAAAAAAUUAAGUCCAUUCACCAAUAUCGUUCCUAUAGAUUUUAUUAAUAUUCUUUCGGUUCUAAUAUCCUAUUUGUGACGUGUUUUAACCAUAAACUAUUUUUUUAACGAGCUCAACUAUUUUUAUCUUUUACAGACAAAUAAAAUAUAUCUAUGAUUUGAUUGAAAGCUUUAAAAUAAACCUUGCGUGUUUAACAUGUCUCCCAAUUAAUGUGCAAUAAAUGUUACAAUAAAUGUUAUUACAUUAAA